AAAUUAAUGAUCAUGAGCUCGUAUUUGAUGGAGUCUAACUACAUUGAUCCGAAAUUUCCUCCAUGCGAGGAAUAUUCGCAAAAUAACUACAUCCCUGAGCAUAGUCCAGAAUAUUACAGCCGCGCAAGGGACACUGGCUACCAACAUCACCACCAGGAGUUAUAUCCUCCGCGGGCGAGCUACCAAGAGCGCCAGUAUAACUGUGCAAGCAUCCCUGAACCUGACACGCCAAGGGGACAUGGAAUACCCCAAUCUGCGCACCUGCUGACAGGGAAAGGGCAGCCUGCUUCAUGUGAAACCCCACAGUUGCCCAUGUCCCCCGCCACCCCACCGGCCGCAACCUCCGCCUGCAACCAAGCUACCCCGGAGCAUCCAAACAGCACAGCCUCCUCCAAGCAGCCCGUGGUGUACCCAUGGAUGAAGAAAAUUCACGUCAGCACUGUGCACUCGGCUUACAAUGGGACGGAGCCCAAGCGGUCUAGGACAGCAUACACCCGGCAGCAAGUCUUAGAAUUGGAGAAGGAAUUCCACUAUAACCGAUAUUUAACUCGGCGGAGGCGCAUCGAGAUCGCCCACACCCUGGUUCUCUCCGAGCGACAGAUUAAAAUCUGGUUUCAAAACCGCAGGAUGAAAUGGAAAAAAGAUCACAGGCUCCCGAACACCAAAGUGAGAUCCUCUUCCUCCUCCUCCGGGUCCAACACAAGCUCAGCAGCCGGCGCUGUUGCCGCUGCCUCGGCCACUAACACUGGGGCCCCCGACGAACUCACCGGAGCACAGCAUGGCGAGGAUAUUACCAGGUUAUAAAACCACAAGAUCGGGGGUAGAAAAAGAACUGGUUAUUUAUAGAACAAUUAUAUAUUUUGUUUUGGUAGCUAUCUUGUGCGGUUUCCUUUAAGUCCAAAGUUAUAUAAAAUGCAUGUUAUAUAGCAUGGAUUACUGCGAAUACCGAUGAAUUAUUUUUACGUGACACAGGGUUUAAUUUAUUUGAAGCUCAAUUAAGAUGUUUUUUUUAUUAAAAAAAUGUUUUGAAUGAAGGAAAAAAAGUAGAAAAAAAUAUACAUUUUAUCAAAAUGUUAUUGUGGGCCAUUCUUUUGCCCUGCUGCCCAAGGUGAAAUGCACAAUCUAUUUAUUUCAACAACACUGGAAGGAAAUCAAUAUAAUAAUAGUUAUUUUUGGUAUAAAAAAAAAAAGCUGGAACACACCAUUGAUCUUGAACUUGUAUGUUUUGGAUAAUAACAAUGUGUGAAUUACCUCGUGUAUUUCAGAAACAGGACUUUGAUUUACAAUUUAGUUUCGUGGUGUUGAUGUUGUGUUUAGACCGUUAAAAGCAGAUUAUUGUGAAAUGCAAUAAACGGAGUGUAGUGUACUUGUGCUAAUCAUAUUGGUCAAUAAAACAGUGAGUGUCUACU